AUGGAUUUCUCCAGCUUCUACUACAACAGCAAGCAGCCUUCCUCACAGUACCAAGCCGCAGUGGCGACAAGACAAGCAGCGCAACAACAACAGCUGCCAUACCCAACCCUCGACAUCGUCCUCCAGCGCAACAUCUGCCUCUUCUUCGGCCAGGUCGAAUCUCUCGCCUGGCUCAUCGCCGUCGGCAUCUCCGCCUUCUACGUCUGCCAAUUCGCUGCCUAUACCAUCUGCAGACUCCAACGCCAGCAACCCGCGCUCUACAAAAACUUCUUACUGGCGCCGGCCUUUGUUGCCCCGGCUUGUGUCUUCUACUUCGCACAGGACGUUGACAGGACGGCUUUGGGCUUCUACGAUGAGCUGCCGUUCGUUCGGGAGGUGGGAGCUCGGGUUCUUCGGUUGGAAGGCUUGCUUGGGGUUGCGGUUGGUAUUCUGUGGCUCUAUUUGAAGUACAUGCAAGGCGCGUACGUUCCCCCAUCGCGCACACAGCAGCUCACUCAGCAUCUCGAGACUGCUGUGCUUGGCGUUUGGACUCGUUCCCAGUGA